AUGGAAGAUACAUAUAAUAACAGGACUUCCCUAGUUAAGGGGGCCAAAGACAUUGUCAAAGAGGCCAAGCGUCAUGCAGCAAAGAAGGUGAAUAAGGUGGUGGACCGUGCCUCAGAAGAGUAUUCAUCCCACCACAACUACACCCGUUUCCAGGAUGAGGAGGAUGACGAGGAGGAUUUCUAUCAGAAUCCUCCCAGACAGGACCAAGACAAUGAGGAAGGGUCGAGUGAUGCCACAGAGGGCCAUGACGAUGAGGAUGAAAUCUACGAGGGCGAAUACCAGGGGAUCCCAUCGGCCGGAGACGCAAAGCACAGAGACGGUCAAAUCGGUCUGGGGCAGCUGAUGUCGGACACCACGAAGGAUCGCAAAGAGCUGGAGCAGGAAAGACAGGCUGAUGAGGAGGAGCUGGCCCAACAGUACGAGCUGAUCAUCCAGGAGUGUGGACAUGGGAGGUUCCAGUGGCAGCUGUUCCUGGUGCUGGGACUUGCGCUGAUGUCAGAUGGUGUGGAGGUGUUUGUAGUGGGAUUUGUGCUGCCCAGCGCUGAGAUGGACAUGUGUGUGCCCAACUCCAGCUCAGGAUGGCUAGGCAGCAUUGUGUAUUUGGGGAUGAUGGUCGGUGCGUUCUUCUGGGGAGGGAUGUCUGAUAAAGUGGGCCGCAGACAGUGCCUCCUCAUUUGUAUGUCCACCAACGGCUUCUUUGCCUUCCUGUCAUCUUUUGUCCAGGGAUACGGCUUCUUUCUUGUUUGCCGUCUCGUUGCAGGCUUCGGGGUAGGAGGUGCUGUGCCCAUUGUUUUCUCCUUCUUUGCAGAGGUGUUAUCCAGGGAGAAAAGAGGGGAACACCUCAGCUGGUUGUGCAUGUUCUGGAUGAUUGGAGAGAUCUAUGCAUCUGCCAUGGCCUGGGCCAUCAUACCGCACUAUGGUUGGAGUUUUAGCAUGGGUUCAGCGUACCAGUUUCACAGUUGGAGGGUGUUUGUGGUGGUCUGUGCUCUGCCCUGUGUCUGUGCUGUGGUGGCUCUCACCUUCAUGCCAGAAAGUCCUAGAUUCUACCUUGAGGUGGGGAAGCAUGAUGAAGCAUGGAUGAUCCUCAAACAGAUCCACGACACCAACAUGAGAGCGCGUGGGCAGCCAGAAAAAGUCUUCACUGUUAACAGGAUCAAGACCCCGAAGCAGCUGGAUGAACUGGUGGAGAUGGAGUUACAGUCUGGCAAUCCACUUUCCAAAUUUUUCUUCAGGAUAAAAGCUGAAAUCCAUGGGAUCUAUCUGAAUCUCAUGAAGUGUUUCAACUACCCUAUGCGAGACAACAUGAUGCGGCUCGCCACAGUGUGGCUCACACUUUCGUUUGGAUACUACGGCCUGUCAGUCUGGUUCCCUGAUGUCAUCAAACAUCUUCAAGCAGAUGAGUAUGCCUCCAAAGUGAAGACCCACAGCAACGAACGCAUUGAAGACUUCACUUUCAACUUCACCCUGGAAAACCAGAUACACAUCAAUGGACUGUUCAUCAAUGACCGAUUCGUCAGCAUGAAGCUGAAGUCAGUCACUUUCAUUGAUUCCACUUUUCGGAAUUGUUACUUUGAUGAUGUCACAUCAGUGGGCUCCUCAUUCCAUAACUGCACUUUCACUGAAGCAUUCUUCUAUAACACAGACAUUGAUGACUCAAAGUUGAUAGGUGGCACAGAGGUGAUCAACAGCACCUUCACCCACAACAAGACGGGAUGCCAGAUGACAUUUGAUGAUGACUACAGUGCUUACUGGGUUUAUUUUAUCAACUUCCUCGGAACCCUUGCUGUUUUGCCGGGCAACAUAGUCUCUGCUCUUCUCAUGGACAAAAUCGGUCGUUUGUCCAUGUUAGGUGGUUCCAUGAUCCUAUCAGGGAUCAGUUGUUUUUUCUUAUGGUUUGGCACCAGUGAGUCCAUGAUGAUUUUCAUGUUGUGCCUUUACAAUGGCCUGAGCAUCUCUGCCUGGAACUCCUUGGAUGUGGUCACAACGGAGUUGUUCCCUACUGUCAGGAGAGGAACAGGCUUUGGGUUCUGCAACGCCCUGUGUAAGAUGGCUGCAGUAUUUGGAAACUUGAUUUUUGGUUCUCUUGUUGGCAUCACCAAGGCCACCCCUAUCCUCAUGGCCUCCUCUGUGCUCGUGGGUGGAGGACUGGUGGGUCUCCGGUUACCUGACACCAGGGCGAAUGUUCUCAUGUAACGCCAGCUGCCACCACACCUGGGUGACACCAAGAGUAAGCCAGGGGAGUGCCGCACCAGGAGUGCAAAUGGCUUGGUUCUUAUCACAGUAGCUUAUGUUAGAUCAAAUCAGACAGCAGCUCCACCUCUUCAUCACUUUGCAACGUGAGUUCUAUCAUAUUAAAACAGAAGCUUUAAAUUCAUUGUAGAUCAGUAAUAGCCUUGGUCAUUUUGUGAAUGUAUAGUCCCGAUAUGGCCACAUUAUAGCUGUGAGAGUUUGCAGACGUUUUGGUAGCAACACUUGUUCUCUGAAAAGUUGCACCUUCGAGGUGCAGCUGUGUCCUGGUGUGUUUAAUCAGUUAAAAAAAUGAAGGCUUUUAAUAUGGAUUCAACCUGAUUAAAACAAACCAGAUGUGAGAAAAAAGUGGAAAAACAAGAUGUAAUGAGCACACGCAACCUGCUGUGUGACAACUUAGGGAAUAUCUGAUCAGACAGAGCGGACACACGCCACAGCUGUGUGACAGCUGGCCGGCCCAAAGGAGCUGCAUUCAAAACAGUUUGUAGACACUGCAGAUAAAACACACAAAAACACCUUCACACAGUCUCCUUUCAGCUCUGCACUAUUUUGUCAUUCAUGCACCGUAACAUCUGGAUGUGUGACUUCUGCAGCCUCAUUACAGUAGAUGAUGUCUGCAGCACACCAAGCCCUUUGCAUUACCUGUCCAACUAAGAAUCAAAAAGGCCAUACUGAAAAAAAAACAACUGUAUUUUCUUGUACCAAUAAACUGUACAUCGUGUUGAACCUGAGGAU